CUUUCCGUCCAGCAAAAUGCCACCCAAGCACGAAAGUCAAGAAGACCUCAAGAUGUCAACAUCUAAACAAGAUGAAGACGAAGUCCGCACCAUUGACUUUCUCGACCACGACGAUGGUAACCAAGGCAACGGCUGGGGCCGUGGUAUCGUGAAAGACUUCCGCAAGACUGUUGGAACGCACUGGGUCAACGAAAUGACAAACUUUAACCAGAAGUCGAUUGCUGUUUCCUUUUUCAUCUUCUUUGCGGCUGUAGCUCCCGCGAUUACUUUCGGUGCCGUCUAUUCCAAGACCACCAAUGACGCGAUUGGUGCCGUCGAGAUGCUCAUUGCGACUGCUUGGUGCGGAAUUGUCUACGCACUUAUUGGAGGACAGCCCAUCAUGAUCAACGGUGGAACCGGUCCCGUUCUUGCCUUUAGUGCCGUGCUUUUUGAUAUUGCGGACAACAUGGACGUCAACUUUUUGACUUUGAAUGCCUGGACUGGACUCUGGGUUGCAGGAUUCUUGAUCAUUGCGGCUUUCGUUGAUUUGAACCGUCUAAUGAAGCAUGCUACGCGCUUCACCGACGAAAUCUUUGCCCUGUUAAUUGCGUCCAUCUUCGUGAUUGAUGCACUUGGUAGUCCCUUUUCUGAUGUAGGUAUUUACUGGUACUUCACCCGCAGCCAUGAUUCGCAUGACGAAUUCGAAGACCAGGAAGACUACUCAUACAUGGCCACAGCGUUUCUCAGCGCCGUUCUCUGUCUGGGAACAACCUGGUUGGCCUUCUUCCUGAGGGAUAUUAAGUUUUCGCCCUACUUUCCCAACGAUUCUUGGCGCACUCUCAUCUCCGAUUUUGCCGUGGUUGCCUCCAUUCUGAUCUGGACUUUGAUCGCCAACGGACUCUUCGACAAUGUUGAAGUGGAGCGCCUCAAUGUCCCGGAUAGCAUCACGCCGACUCAAAUCUGCUGCACCGCCGAUUGCAUGACGUCGUUCCCCGAUGACUGUCCCGACAUUACACCGUACGGACGCCGUUCCUGGAUUGUGGACCUUGGUGCCGUCAACGGAAAGUCCUGGAUCCCUUUUUUUGCCGCCAUUCCGGCUCUUUUGGCAUUUAUCCUUGUUUUCUUGGAUGAUGGUAUCACCUGGCAUUUGAUCAAUCACCCGAGCAAUAAGCUUACUCACGGAGACGCUUACAAUUGGGACACGGUUGUUAUUGCUGCUAUGAUCGCCGUCAACUCUAUGCUUGGUCUUCCCUGGUUGGUCGCCGCCACUGUCCGAUCCCUCACCCACGUCAAUGCUCUCGCCGAACGUAGUGAGAACGGCAAAAUUAUCAGUGUGCAAGAAACACGCUUGACGCAUUUGGGAAUUCACUUGCUUGUGCUUGCUGCUCUCUUUGCACUGGAUGUGCUCAAGCUCAUCCCUGUGCCAGUCUUGUACGGAGUCUUCUUAUAUAUGGGAGUGGCCAGUUUGGCAUCCAAUCAAUUCUUCCAGCGCUUCCUCAUGUUUUUUAUGCAGCCCUCCAAGUACCCCCACGAGCCACACACUAAGUACAUGGCUCCUAAGCGCAUGCACUUGUUCACAGGGAUCCAGCUUGGACUUUUCGUAAUUUUGACAGUAUUUCGAUCUAUUUCUGUCAUUGCCAUUGCUUUUCCGAUUGUCAUUAAGGCUUGUAUUCCAGUCCGGAUGUACAUCUUGCCUCGCUACUUCACCUCCGAAGAACUUCUCAUGAUCGAUACCGAUGACAGCAUCGUCAACGAAUAUCUCGAGUACAAGGAGUCCAAAGGCGAGAAAGUACCCGUCCGUCAUUGUGGCGAACAAGAGCCCGAGGAAGUUCCGAUGCUUCAAGUGACUCAGCAUCCUAUCCGAAUCGACGAUGGCAGCGAUGAAGAAGGGUCCGUCGAACAGGUUUAAUGUUUUUCUGUUAUGUAACGGAAUGGAAUUUCUACUAGCUUUCAAAAGAGAAGGCUUAAAGUUUCAGACCGUAGUAUUGAUUGCCACGUGUCCACUAGAGCCAUCUAAACGCCUUCCUUCGCUGCGAAAAAAUGAAUUUGAGCAUCCUUGUAGCCAGUAACCAUUAAAGGCGCUUGACCACCAGUUGGGACAUCUCAACAUGACAGUGGUAGUCUCGGUUUGUUGAAGCCGAUGCUUACUAGCUGUAAAGAGACCCUCAAUGCUCAAAAGGGAUGCUCUUUGGUAUCAACAGAUAUGUUUUCGAAUGUGCUUAUUAAUAGACAACAUAAACGAAAGUACUUUCAAGAUACAAUUUGUAUACAAUGUCUGCAGUUGAAAAAGGUGGACUCACGUCCCAUCGUGGCCCAAAUCGAUCUACACUGCAACUCCAGAUAGGAAACCGUUUUUCUGAGAGUAGUAUGCGGUGGAGAGCUUUGCUUCUCGCCAAUACGAUUCUCCAACAACUCUACGCAGACGAGGUACUACCGCUUUAUGGAGUGGCGUACAUAGAGGAUCACCUUCUCUGUUAAGUUGGAUGCAAUCAGAGAUAACUGCCUUGGCUCGAUUCCGAAGAGCCGCGUCGCACGGAUCCCUAUCAAGAGCAGCGAAGAGUUUUCUUACGAAAAUUAGAAAUCGCUGUCGUUCAGACAAGACUCGUCGGAUUGGCAUAGGAGAUCUACCCGGAAGGUGGGAGGUACGCUCGGAAAUAUCGUUUGGCAACAUGUUUUACCGGACUUAAAGAAAAACCUUCGCUUACGCAGUCUUUGGUUGGGGCGAGCUACGUAGAGAAUUCUAAUGGAGCGUUUGUUGAUUAUUGAACUCGGUCUGCUUU